UAGGAAGCGUUUUACCACAGUGACGCAAAGGAAUUGCAUCAAAGUCUUAGCAAAUAGAAAGUGGAAAUUAAAUUAUUAUCAGUCAAUUACAGACCUUCCUCUUAUUUAACGUAAAUCAACACAUUAUUUUUUUAAAACAAUUUAAAUUACUCAAAAUGCAUAAGUUGAUGGUACUUACUUGUUUUAUUGCGUUAGCUUCUGCAAAACCAGGACAUCAUUUUGAUCAUCAUAAUGUUAAAGCCAUAUCAGUUCAUUCUGAAAUUCCUGUAAUUAAAACUGCAGUAGUACAAGAACCAGCAACAGUUACUGUCCAAGAAAAAACAUUAGCCAAAAUUGGAGAACAAGUUGAAAGUAUUCCAACAGCUGUAUCACAUCAAAGUCAGACAGUUUUACAUAGUGAACCUUCUAAAAUAACUCCAAUUCUUGCUCCAGCAGUACAAACACGUUAUGAACCAGCUGUAAGAACUUAUGAAAAACAAUAUAUUGAAAAAGUACCAGUCGUUGAAUCAUAUGCAGCACCAGCAUUAGUUAAAUCAGCAUACGAUAAUUCAGUUCCUGCAUAUAAUUCCCAAUUAGAUAUCCAAACAUAUGCUAACUCACCUGUUAUAAAUUCUUAUGGUGCUCCAGGUCUUGUAAAAUCUUAUGCUGAUUCAGCUAUUAUUAAUUCCUAUGCAGCUCCAUCUAUUGUAAAUGCAUAUUCUGCUCCAUCUGUUGUAAAUGCAUAUGCUGCUCCAGCUGUUGUUAAAUCAUAUUCUGCUCCAGCUCUUGUAAAUUCAUAUGCAGCUCCAGCACUUGUGAAAUCAUAUGCAGGUCCAUCAGUUGUAAAUUCAUAUUCUGGAAAAUCAUAUACCGCUCCAGUUAUUGCAAAUACAUAUUCAUCUCCAGCUUUACUUAAAUCUUAUGCUGCACCAGUUGUCGCUGGCACUUAUUCUUCUCCAGCUAUUAUAAAAUCAUAUAAUGAUGUACCAGCUUUUGUGAAUUCAUAUGCUGCUCAAGGUCUUAUCAAAUCAUAUGCUUCACCAUAUAGUUCAUCCUAUGGUUUAUCACAUGGUGCAUCAUAUGGUACUCAAUAUAGAACUCCAAUUUAUGCAAAAUCAUACAAUAACCAAUUAAAUAUUCAGUCAUAUGCACAACCUGAAUUUGUGAAAUCAUAUGCUGCUCCAGCUCUCGUUAAAGCAGUUGAACAACCAAUACUUAUUAAGACUUCGAAUGAUAACUUAGCUCAUUCUCCAGUUUAUCGUUCUGAUGUACAAAACAUAAAUUCAUGGAUGUUUCGGAAAAAGAAAAGCUGUAACAUAAUACAGUUUGAAAACUGUAGGAAUGUAGUCUCCUUUUGCCUUAUUGCCUUAGCAGCCGCUAAACCAAGUGGAUUAGAGCAAAUUCAUGUUGCCCAGGAUAUUCCAGUAUUAAAGACUGCAUUAAUAUCAGAACCAGCUCAUGUUGCAGUGCAUGAACCAGUUUUAGCUAAAGUUGGAGAACAUGUUGAAAGUGUACCAACAGCUGUUUCGCAUCAGAGCUCAACAAUUGUUCAUAGUAAAGCUAAUUUGAUUACACCAUUAGUUGCUCCAGCUGUUAAGACACAUUUAGCACCAGCAGUUAAAACAUAUGCAGCAUCAUAUUUAGAUACACAACCCAUUAUUAAAACAUAUUCGGCUCCUUAUCUUAAAAGUUAUUUAGCACCAUCAGCAUAUACUUAUUCUGCUGGUGCACCAUUACUUUUACCAUCAAUUUACAAUUAUGGAUAUGGUUUACCAGCAUAUCGUUCAUGGUAAAAUAUUAAAAUAAAUUUGUCAAUAUACAUAACAUCGUAUAAGUAAAUACUCAUCCUACCCAUCCCGAACAAAAGACAAGUAGACAACAACAAUUAAUAACAACAAAUAAAAGCAACAACGCAAGAUAGGAUUUUUUCGACUGAUACUUUAAUUCUAUUAUUCAUUUAAAUUUUUUAUGAAAUAUUAGAAUUGAAACAAA